AUGGAUUGGCUAGGCGACAUUGUCAAUCUGGAGGAGUUAAACGACGUUGAUCCUAUUGACCCCAGCGAAUGGGCCUCAUUGACGACACUCGAAGAUGGUACCCACAUCGAAUCUACGAGGGAUCAUUCGCUGCCGGCUCAGCUUGUGCCAGAGCCCAGCCUUAAGAGGGUGUCGCCAAGACCACCAGCCAAGAUUGGGACACGCUUCUCGCAAGACGCUGUUAGGAUAUUGAGAGCCUGGUUUUCUUCGCAUGAAGGAAACCCGUACCCCAAUGAAAAAGAGCGACUGACCCUCGAAUUGCAAACUGGGCUCAACGGCACGCAAGUGUACAACUGGCUCGCCAAUGCUCGCCGAAGGAGACCAAGGAGCAUGUUCCAUGAACCCGCAACACCGAGUCGACAGCAGUCCCCAGCACCGAUAAACAUCCCACAGAGACCGGGAACACCGAUGAUCCCUCUUCAGAGAUGGAUGGAUUCACCACCCGAAGACGAGCCUGUAGAGGUCUCAUCCAUUGUCCGCGCAAUGGAAGAUAAUUCUCUCCGCCUGAAUCAAGCCGAGAAUCUCAUUCGCGGGUGGAGCGGAGGUUCGAGUCGAUGUUCAUCAGCAAGCAGCGUUGACUCGUCUCACUCUAGGAGCAGUUCGCUGCGCUCCGCGGCAUCAUGGACCUCUUCGAAUUCUACAAAACGGAGGAGCCGGCGCCAAGGAAGCCGACGAGGGCUGCCUCGGAAUUUGGAGCUUGCCAAAAGACCCCUCGUCUCCCCGACCAAGCCAUACCAAUGCACGUUCUGUACCGAUUCCUUUGGCAAAAAGUAUGAGUGGCAGAGGCAUGAGAAAUCUCUUCAUCUGCCUGUGGAUAGAUGGAAGUGCUGUCCCGACCAGCCACGUCUCAUAAAUGGACCCGAAGGUCAACUCUGUUGCGUGUUUUGCGGCGAAACUAAUCCAAGUGCUACACACAUGGAGAGCCAUAGUCCGACAUCAUGUCAAGAGCGCGAGUUCGCCAGGAAAGACCACCUGAAACAGCACCUACGCCUCGUUCACAAUGGCACGUUGUUGGACAGCUUUCAAGCUUACUGGAAAGCGGAUGCUCCGGAUAUAAGAUCACGCUGCGGUUUCUGUGGCGAGGCUUUGGGUAGCUGGACGUCAAGGACCGACCAUUUGGCGGAUCACUUUAGAGCCGGACAGGAUAUGGCCGACUGGAAAGGAGAUUGGGGGUUUGAUGAAUUCAUCUUGGCUAGGGUUGAGAAUGCUAUUCCGCCAUACUUGGUUGUGAACGAAAGAGACACCCCCUUUCCCUAUGCGGCCAGCACCCCGCCUGUAGAAGCACCCAGGUGUGCUUAUGAGCGCAUCAAGAUCGAUCUGCUAUGGUUUUUGCAAUCCUUUCAAGACCAAUAUGGCCUCAUUCCAAGCGAUGAACAAUUCCAAUUGGAAACCUGCCGAAUAAUAUUCUCCCUCGACUCUCUCACAUCAGAAGAGGCUUUGGAAAGGGACAGCGCGGCUUCGUGGCUCAGGGACCUAGUCACUUCUAACCCCGAGAUUUCACAGCGCGCAAAGCUUGCCCCCGUGAGACGGGAGAAUGAGAGUGCGUUCUCAUCACGGUCGAUGCUUCCUAGAGCAACCAGUUACUUCGAGGGUUGUCCUUUGGAGUAUGAGCUUCGGCGCUUCGUCCGGCAAGCAUGGGCAUCGGGCCAGAUGGAGUUGAAUGACGCAGAAUUACAGGACGCAGCAUGUACAGCAAUCUUGGAAGUUGACGCGCGUUUUGCAAUGCCUCUAUCUACAUUUGUAGCGAAGUGGCUGGUGAAAGUCAGCAUGUCGUCUACAACGUGGUUACAGAAAUUCAAAGAAAGAAUGGGAGCCUUGAAACUGAGAGUUUUUGGGGCCAUGAGCUCCAGCUUGAGCGAGUCACGAACUAGAAACGACAGAGCAGUCACUGAGAUAGAAUUUCCGCCAUUCUACGGCAAUGGAGAGAUUGCAUCAACCCAACCAAGUGCGCCCAGUUUUUCCUUGGAUGCAGGAUUUGGCGUAUGGGAUGUUGGCACUGAUUACAACCAACCUCAAAUCAGAGAUCUGUCCAACCCUGCUAUCGGAAAGCAGCUAGGCAUUGAAAAAGAAGUCCCAUUAGAAAUAUCAACACGUCUUUUUUUCCCAGUUGGGGACCCGUUCGGGGGCGUACCGAACAAAACACAUCACGGGCCGGAGUAUCACCCCGGCUCGUGGAUUACCAAAAAGUUCUACUUUCUCAACGACCCCAAAUAUCAGCAAUUGCUCUCUAGAGAGCUCAAACGAUGGGUCAAAGCUACCAUUUCGCCCAACAACCCUACAAUGCAUAUACCAUCUGAUGAGGAGCUGCGUCAUCAAGCCCGAUUAGAGCAAGAAGUUCGUGAUGCUAACUUGACCAGUGACACAUCAUGGGAUAGGACUCCCGCGGAUAGCCCUGAGUGGCUGCGAAGGUUUAGGGAAGAGGCCGGUAUAUAG